CUGUUGUGGUCCGGCCCAGCCCAUUCAAAUUUAUUCUCGUGGGCGGUGGGCCGUCCGAUAUUGGGCUCGGUUAAGAAGGGAAAAUCGCCAUCGGCGUUUUGGACAAUUUAAUGAGCAGGAAAUGAUCGCACGUCUUCAGUUUUCCCAUUUCCGGCUUCUAUAUGUCCGAUCCGCCGGACGGCGUCGAAACUCCCAUGGAAGCUACUUCCAGCUCGCCGUCACCGACUCGUUCCCGCGGCGGACCUAGACAGAGUGGCUCCGGAAAUGGGAACGAACGGCCUAGAUUUUUCGACACAAAAGCGAAAGCCAUUUGUUGGGCCAAGGCCGAUACUGUCCCCGGACGACAUCCCGAGCGCUGGCGUAAGGACGCCGCUGGUAAUGUCGUCUGCAAGCGCUUCUGCAACUGCCAGGGAUGCCUCUGCUUCGAGUAUGAUCACAUAGUCCCCUUCUCAAAAGGCGGCGAAUCCACGGCGGAUAAUUGCCAGAUUCUUCAGACGAGAGUAAACAGAUUCAAAUCGGAUAAAGACGAUGUUGAUACGUCUCAGUUGAAAGGCUAUUCAUGUGAUGUCAAGUUCACUGAUAAGGAGCUUGACAUAAUUGAAAUGGCUGUUUAUGGAGAUGUAAUCAGGCCAGGAAACCAGUGUCGUUGCAGAACAGUUUCUGAAAUGCUCGGCCAAUAUAAAUCCAAAGACCGCUUGGCCCCUUGCAAGUUGCCAUAUAAUGAAGAUUCUUCGUAACAAAAAGAAGGCUUGAACCUAAAGCAUGUUUUUGCCCCAUUUGGUAUUAAGAUCUAUAAUUUAAUACACUUGCUACAAAUAAUGUUGGGGACCUCCAUUACUUGAUUAGAUCAAUGUGAAUGAAUAUCACACCCAUCUCAGUUUAAGAAAUUGUUAAAUUUUGAGUGUUUAGAAGUCUUUAAAUCAACUAGAUUACAAUAUAUUUGAUUUUUGUGCUCUCCAUUCUGGUCCAUAAAUUCUUAAAUUGUUUAUGUUAGUACUUAAAUUGUAUUAAUGUUUUGAUA